GCCAAUUUUUUAAAAAAUAUAUUCAAAUUUCCCCACUAAUACCCUCUGAAAUGGAACAAUAAAAGGGCCCAUUGAAUAUCCAUUUAAUUACCUACUUAAUAUACUGACAAGGGCAUUAUUAAUGUUCAAGACACUUGUCUAACCUCAAAUUUUAAGUCAAAUAACCUCAAACAAAAGUCAAAUAUAAAAAUUAUUAUGUCGGGCCAUGGCCAGCAGGAAAUAACCGAUCCAGUGGAGGAAAUGCUCAAACGCACCGGCUGCAUGGAGCUCCACUACAAAGUCCAGGAGUGCAUAGCCGAGAGCCAGGACUGGAGAAAGUGUCAGGACCAAGUGCAGGACUUCAAAAAGUGCAUGAAAAAGUACCAGGACAGCAAGAGGCCUUGAAAUGGGCCAAAUCGUAGCGAACAUGCUGAGGAACCUCUUCAACAAAAAAC